GCUAAGUCGGCACGAUGGGUGCGUGCUUGUCGAUCGACGACGAGCUGCAUCCGACUUCUUCGACGGCGAGCGUGCCGCCAUGGAUGACGGCCGCGAUCGAGUCCUGGCGGUACCAACCACGGCAAAAGUCGACGAUGCUGUUCCGCCGAAACAAAGAGUCCGUGCCGUCGGCGUUGGCAGUACUGCUCAACGUGGACCUCCUGCGCCAAGUGGGCGCUUUCCAGCCUGGAAUUUCCCGCAUGAUUCGAUACCUGCUGUGUCGAUGGCAGCGCCAGACUGGACCGUAUGCGAAAGCGCACUUCAUCGUGCAUGCCCUUCCCACCGACCACGCAGUGGACCGACUGUUCAUCCUCACGCAGCUCCACCAAACCCAUGCCCACGUCCUUUCACGAACACUCAUGGACUUGCUGGCCAAAGCUGGGUAUUUGGAGUGCAUCGAGUACAUGCACAAGCACUUUCGCCACGGAUGCACACGCAACGCGAUGGAUUUGUCGGCCGCCUGCGGACAUUUGAACAUUGUGCAAUUUCUGCACAUCCAUCGCACCGAAGGCUGUUCGACCGGCGCCAUGGACUUAGCUGCGGCCGGGGGACACUUGGAUGUUGUGCAAUUUCUUCACGAUCACCGCACUGAGGGUUGCACUCAGGACGCGCUGCACUUGGCAGCAGCCAACGGCCACGUGGAUGUCGUCGCAUUCUUGCAAACCCACUAUUUUGCCCCGUCGACACCCAAUCGCCUCCACACUAGUUGCGGGGUGGACGAGCCUUUGCCCACCGGGCCGCUGUCGUCACCAGCUGUCCAUGUCUCGUCACCACUGACUGCCCCAUCCAGCAACGGCUAUCGCCACGAGUGGCUAGCACUGUCGAGUUACAACCUCCGCCGUCGCCGCCUUGUCCUGCCCGUCGUUGAUGGGCCUGUUGACGGUCCCGACGAUGCUGAUGACCAAGCCCGCGACGACGCAUCAGCAGUCCCCAUGGCGCUGAAUGCCAUGGAGUGGGCUGUGCUGCACGGACAAAUCGAGGUCGUGGCCUACCUCCAUCGGCUCCACGUGGAUACUGCGGCAGGGACUAGCACAACGUCGGCGCACGUGCUGGAUCUUGCUGCGCAACGAGGCCACGGAGCCACGACAGUUGCUUAUAUCCACGAGCACAACCUUGUUGCGUCCAGUUAGCCCAAUUGAAUCGUAUUUAUUUCUGCAACGAAACUGAUGCACG